GUACAAGAUGGCUGCGAUUGGGUGUUGUGGCCACUGAGUGCGUGUUGUUGCUCCCAAAAUCCCCAAAAAUCCAAAAAUAGUGCUAAAUAAAUCCAACAAAACUCUACAAUAAACGGCUACCCAAAAUUUAACGACAUUACUAGUGACAAAUAAAGCCCAGAAUCACGUGUGUGGUGUCUCCAGGCGUGUGUUUUAGACUGGAAAACAAUGCUAAAAACACAUCACCAACAACACGAGUAACUCACGAAUAUCGAAUACAACCCAGUCGAUAACACUGGAGAAAGACGUCGGAGCUACGGAGGAGGGGGAGAUGUCCGCCGGCACCCAGGGGGAGAUUCGGGUCGGUCCAUCGCACCAGGAAUUGGUUUCUUGCCAGGCCCGUUUGCCUGAGUACCGGCCGGGCGUACCACCAGCUGAACUACAACCAGAUCCUGAAUUUAUUAAGGAAAGAGAGGAAUUAAGAUGGAUACCGGCAAUGUCGUUAGACGGAGAUCUCGUCAUGUACCUGAGGGCUGCACGCUCAAUGGCAGCUUUUGCUGGUAUGUGUGAUGGAGGUUCACCAGAUGAUGGUUGCGUUGCAGCAUCCAGAGACGAUACGACAAUUAAUGCACUCGAUAUACUCCAUGAUUCUGGAUAUGAUCCUGGUAGAGCACUUCAAGCACUCGUCAAGUGUCCAGUACCCAAAGGCAUUGAUAAAAAAUGGUCCGAGGAGGAGACUAAACGUUUCGUCAAAGGACUCCGUCAAUUUGGAAAGAAUUUUUCGCGCAUCCGUAAAGACCUACUACCGCACAAAGACACCCCUGAGCUCGUUGAGUUCUAUUACCUGUGGAAAAAGACACCAGGUGCCAAUAACAAUCGUCCCCAUCGCCGUCGCCGGCAGGGCUCACUCCGUAGAAUUCGUAAUACCCGUAAUUCACGCGCUGGUACUCCAAAGGAGGAGGCCCCAGCCCCCAAAGAAUCAACGCCCCCAAACACGACGAGCGCUAAAGAGACUACAAACGAGCCCGAGACACCGCCAGUCGGUGCCUCGGCAAGCUCAAACACAACCACGACAAAUAGCAAUAGCAAUCCUGGUGGUGAGGUAAGUUCAGUCACUGAGGACGAUAAUUCCGAGGAGGACAGUGACUCAAGGGAUACCAAUACCAACGGCUCAGCAUUUGAGAGAUCCUGCCAGCACUGUUUCUCAACUACCUCCAAGGACUACCAGAUAGCGGGCAAAGAUCGUCUCCUUUUGUGCUUAGAAUGUCGUUCGCAUUUGAAAAAAACUGGGGAAUUACCCCCCGCUCAGCCGUACCUAUUUCGUCCGGUACCAGCGGAAUCACCAGACAGUCCAGGUAGAAUGCGAACACGUAAUAAAGCCAAGGAAACACCAAGGCCAUCGCGACCACGUCGUAACGGUGGUACAGAUACACCAGAUCAAGAAAAACAGGAGAAAGUGUCGAAUCAAGCGACACCCGAUAAAAAGAAAAAAGCAACUGUUGCUACCAAGGUGGAGACCCCAAAGAAGGGCCAGAAAAGGCCCCCAGAAGAGCCUGACGAGGACAAAGAGACCCAAAAACGCAAGAGAGGUAGUCCAGACAGUCCAUCUGAAUCUCUCACAACAGAUUCAAAUUCACUGAUGGAUGAGCCUGAAAGGGAGAACGAAAUUGAUAAUAGUGAGCAACAAGUUGUACCAGCUGUAGUUGAGGAAUCGGGUUCACCAGUAGUUGAACAGCAGGAUGAGCCUGUUGAACCACCAUUGACAACAGCUGUAUCAACUCCACUACCGAUAAAUGUUCCCACAAUACCUAUAAAUGUUCCUGUCAUUCAUUCGCUCGAUAAAAAACCGAUUAUCGAUGAAAUGCCAGAGGUAAAGACAGAGCCCGAGGAUUCACCCAUCAGCAUCAAGCUACCACUGCCCUUGAAGCUGGAGCCAGUGCCGAGUGAACCAGAGAUGUCACCGAUAAAAGAGGAACCUAGUGAGCCUGAACAACCUCAAGCCCUUGUGACAUCUCAAUCAAUGGGUAUAAGUGAUUUAUCCCAAAAUAUACCCAGAAAUUUAUCCCAAUCGAUGAAUAAUCCUGUGUUAAUGACACCCCAGAGUCUGCCACCAGUCUCUCUACCCCAGCCCCCUCAGCAAAUCCCCCUGAACAUGCAGUAUCCAACACCAGUACCCACCCAAAAUGUCCCCCAAAAUCUUUCGCAAUCGAUACAAAUUCCCCAGAGUAUACCCCAACCAAUUCCUCCUAGUAUACCCUCAAGAGACUUACUUCCUCCCCAAAAUCUAUCAAAUCACACACCAGAGGUUCAACAAUUGCCCCAGAAUAUGUCUGUACCACCCCUGAACCUGAACAUCCCCCAGAAUCUUUCCCAAAUAUCCCAGAUGCCAGCCUCACCUCAACCACUGGGAUUGACCCUGGCACCCCAAGAUUCAAGACUCCCCGAGGAGAGAAUUCCUGAUCGUAGAUUGCCAGACAGAUUAUCAGAUCGUAUGGAGUCUCAAGAUCCUCAGGAGCGUCCCCCUGAGCCAGGUCUCUUCCAACCAAUUCAGCCAUCUCCAUUGCCACCAGAGAAACCGGCGAUCUACAGCCUGGCAUGCACCCCACCGCUGGAGCCCCAGAAUCUCAAGAUCAAACAGGAAAUUGUCCCAGAGCCCGAUCCCCUCCAGAGUCUGAAGGAGGUCAAAGUGCCAGGGUAUCAGCCAGGUUUUCCAGGACCCAGUCUCGACAAUAUCAAGAAGGAUCCUGAUGCAAAUAUCAAACCUCCAACGCCUUCCAAACAUCAACAUCCACCACCACAACAGAGUGUACCGCAGAUUCAACCGGUGACAGCAUCACCAACACCAACAUUACCACCACCAACGUCAAUUCCCCAGCCUGUUAUGCAUCCCAGCCAACAGCCAAGUCCACACAUGGCUCACAGCUUCCAUCCUCAUCAUCCUCUGAUGCAUCACUCACUAUUUGCAGCAAUGCAUCCUUACCAUCCACAUGCCUAUCCUGGAUAUCCACCAGUUGGUACAUAUCCUAGCUUUCCACCAUACCCCUACGCCCCAGUUCCCCAUGCAAUACCCCCACCAAGUCCCCAGAGAAGUCAGGAAUCUACGACGAUGAUGACUGCCCAUCACUCGAGCACCAGCUCAAGUGUUACCACUCGGGAAGAGGGAGAGAACCUCAUUGCAACGCAUCAUCACUCAUCGAGUCUCCAUCAGGCAACGACUCUUCAUCACGACAAAUUGCUUAGUAUAUCUUCACACUCGUCACACAGUCACUCGUCCUCUCACUCACAACACAAUCAGAGGAACAAGCCCAUGGUGUCGUCGUGUAUGACGUCAACGUCAUCGGUGCAUCACCACCACAGGGGACCAUCCGGUCAGCCAACGGGACCACCCCCACCGGCAAUUGAGCCCAAGAUCGAGGAAAUCAUGGAGCCAGAACCAGAGGAGCCUCCCAGUCCACGGGGGCCAUCACCAGAGCCGAGGAUCGAGGAUUCCGAGUGCCACAGGUCACAAUCAGCAAUUUUCCUGAGACACUGGAAUCGUGGUGAGAAUAACUCCUGCACGAGAACAGAUCUGACGUUCAAGCCAGUGCCUGAAUCGAAGCUAGCGAGGAAGAGGGACGAGCGAACGAGGAAACAGGCGGAGAAGGAACGAGAGGAGAGGGACAGGGCGGCCCAACACGCGCGGAAGAUGUCGACGCCGGAGAAGCAGCCGGAGGUUUGUAAGCCACCGUCUAGGGGGCCAAUGGAGCCCGUGGUGUCGCCGUACGACAGGUACGCAGCACGACCCACGUACGCCGAUACACCAGCACUCAGACAAUUGUCUGAAUAUGCAAGACCACAUGCGGCCUUCAGCCCUGCCAGGCAUCCAGCACCACCGGAUCCAAUGCUCCAUUAUAUGUAUGGUCCUGGUGCCAGAGAGAGGAUGGAGCUAGAGCACAUGGAGAGGGAGAAACGAGAGCGAGAGAUACGCGAGCUCAGGGAGAGGGAACUCAAUGAUCGACUUAAAGAGGAACUCAUGAAGGGGAGCCCCAGAGCCAUGCCUGGGCCUAUCGACGCCCACUGGAUGGAGAUGCAGAGGCGGUAUGCAGCAGCGGGACUUGCGCCUGGACCCAGUGGACCUCCUCAGGGACUCCAUCAGUUUGGUAUCUAUGGGGCACCACCUGGACCCAGUCAACUCGAUCGUGAGAGGCUGGAGAGAUUAGGUGUUUUGGAAUUUUUAUCUCGAACAGCUGCGGCCAGUGCAAAUUAUCCGAGACCUGGGAUGAUGCCCAGAGAUCCAUCCCUGGGAUUGCAUCCUGCUGAACUUUUGGGAAGACCCUAUGCCGAUAUGGCAGUUCAUCAUGAGCAAAUCCAACGUCAUCUCAUGUUGGAGAGGGAGAGAUUUCCACCUCAUGCGUCGUUGAUGCAUCACGAGGAAUAUAUCAGACAACAACGGGAACGUGAGCUGAAAGUUCGUGCCCUGGAAGAGGCGGCUCGUGGAUCACGACCUUAAUUUCUUAGACUAUCAUAAAAAAAUUAUAAAUAUAUAUAAAAAAAAAAGCCCAAGACUUUCGUGCGAUUCCUCCUGAAGGCAAAAAAUGCCAAAAAAAUUCACAGGCAAAAUCAAAAAGUAAUUUCAUACUUGAGAUUCUUCCCUAUUGUCAUCCGAUUCUCUCAAUUCCACGUAAAAUAAAAUAAAUAAAGAGAAUAUAUUAUUAUUCUCCAGUCAGGAGAGUCGAACGGAAUUAUAAAUUUUGCGUUUCCCUUUUAACUAUUUACGUGUGUACGUAUAUUUCGAUACUGAAGAAAAAAUCAACAAUUCAGUGUCUUGUAAUAUUGUCUAAUGUAAAUACGACAAAGGAGACUGCAUACGAAGGUAUAGACUACUAAUUAAGAGGAAAAAAAAAUAUUAAAAAAGUGGGGUCACGGUAGAUUAAUUGAAUAAUUUAAUUAAAUUGCUUAUUCUUUUGCGAAUGUCAUUGUUAUUUUAGAGUAAUUGUAAAUUCAAUGAAAUGAUUUUUUUAACUAUUAAUUUAUGGAUAAUUAAUUUAAUAAUCUUACUUUAACUCUAGGUGUGAUUAUACCGUCUAGAUGAAUUUAAAACUAGCUCGAGGCGUUUUCGUCGCUCUUAUUAAUUUAAUUAAUUAAUAGCACAAGACAAUUUGCUUGAAAUGGCGUGAAAACAAUCGGGAUUUGAAUUUUAUUUUUUCUUUUUGUUUGAAGAAAAAAAAUCGUUGAGAUAAUUUAAAUUAAAUUGAGAAAAAAUUGUACAUGUAGUGGGAAUUUAGGUUAUACUUUUUAAUUAGUGAAAAAAUUUUAAUUGAUUUUCUCGAUGAUCAUUUCGUAUUAGUGAACGUGACCAAAGUUUUUAAAAGUUUGUAGAGCAACGUUAAUCGCCUCGUAGAUGCGAAAAAAAUGAUUAUUGCGAAAUCAAUAGUUAUUUUCAUUUUUCUCUACUGUCUGAGUUUAUUUUUUCCCCUCUGGUUUUUAAUCGAAUGCAUGGUGACCGUAUGGGUUGGGGUGCGUGUACAUUGAAUUAAGAUAAAAAAAAUGAUAUUCUAUGUAAUCUAGUUGUUAAAAACAAAAAAAAAGUGAAAGAAGUAAGUAAAGAUUUCAUACAAACUAGGGGAGUGAUUUUUUAUUAUAGAGAACUUUUUUUGAUGGUGGUGAACGACCAAUAAAAUUGUAAAAUUAA